GUCAAAUGAAAUCUAAUACUUUGCUCGGCAGACUGUGUGGCGAAUGACGACUGACGUAAAUAUUUUCGUUUCAUUUGUUUAUUACAUGGAAAUGUACCACUUUUAGUAGUGUGUAACGGAGCCGACUAAGCGCGCAGUGUGCGAUCUGUGUUUGGCACAUUGUAUUAGUGAGAGUGAGAAUGAGUUGAAUUCAUAUACAAUAACGUCCUCAGCCAUUUUAGAGUGAGUUUGACAGUCACACACUGAAAAUGUGCAUUUGCCGAGCAAAACGAUUGAAUUUGUUGGUUUGCAUGUAAUUGAAAUUUGAAAUAAUUGUGCCGUAUUAAUUGAACGUAAAAACAAAAUGUUGUGGAAAAAAGAAUCGAUUGGAAAAGAUGCACGGUUGGUGGAUUUUCUUGAUUCGGAAAGAACUCACCACAAGCACAUUUUUUCCCUGUUCGACGACAUCAGCGAAUCGAAGAAGGUGCUGGAAAAGAGUGGCAAAUUGUCAACGCAUUAUCGAAAGAAGGCAAUGAGUCAAUUGGAAUCGAAAAAUUGGCACGAAGCGAUUGAAUUGCUCAACGAGGCAUUAUGUUUCGCCGAGAAUGAUUCACAGGACGUAGGCGGUGCUUAUGCCGAACGAUCUACGUGUUUUUUCAAUUUGCACAUGUACGACCAUUGCCUAACAGACAUCAAAUUGGCCAGAUCAAGCAAAUGCCCACAGGUAGUCCAAGCGAAAUUGAGCAAGUUGAGAGAAUCAUGUAAGAAAAUGUUGAAAAUUUCACCCAAUACCGAAGCCGAAGACGAUUUCAAACCGACGCUCAGCUUUGAUGCUAGCGAACAAUGUCCGUUUGUUGCAAAUGUCGUCAAAAUUGAAGGCAAAGAGAAAAUGGGACGAUGCAUUACUGCUACUCGUGACAUCGACGUCGGUCAAGCGAUUAUGGUUGAGGAGGGAUUCGUUUGGUCAACCACCGAGAACUACCGAAGAUGCUGUGUUUGCCUGGAAACAACGAACCCAUUGGUCCCAUGCAAAAAUUGCACCGACAGCUUGAUGUGCUUUGGCAAGUGUGAAAAAAAUCAACUACACGAAAUUGAAUGCAACAUGGGGUUGCCGACCGUCAACGGGAAAGAAGUCAACGGGAAAGAAGUCAACUUUCAGUUAGUCGUUCGAUCCAUUUUGAUGGCAUUGAAAACCAUCCCGAAUCUCAAUGAGUUGAUUCGUUUUGUUGAACGUAUUGUUUCGGCAGAGGAUAAUGAACCCAUCAAUUCGGCAUCAACACCGCUAUCACGGUAUGCUGUCUUCUUGGAAAAUGGAUUGAAAUGGCAAUGGCCGAAGAAAGAAAACAAAACCUACAUUGGGCAUAUAAAACGCAUUCACGAAGCAUUCAUGGACAAUGAUGACUUUGCUGAACUGUUCGAAGACGAUGAUCAUGAACGUUUUUUGAGGCAUUUGAUUGGUCAUCACAUUUGCGCAUUGCAAUAUGCCACCCCGAAUGUAUGCAUUGGCGAGAAUGACGGAACAUCAGUUCAUUCCAUUAUCGGAAGAUUCUUCUUUCACUCGUGCUAUCCGAAUGCGGUUCUGGUUACUUCGGAUCGAUCAACAGUGGCGGUUACAAUUCGACCAAUCGAAAAGGGCGAAGAGGUCACCGUUUCAUAUUUGCCAGACGAACUGAAUCGGUCCACCAAAUAUCGUCGAAAGUGGUUACUUGUGCAAUAUAACCUCAUGUGUUUCUGCUCGCGAUGCACUCAACCGGCGACUGCAGCAAGUAAUGCAACAGCGUUAUCGAAACUACAAAAGAACGAACUUCGCAAUGCAUCGAAUCGGGACCCAAAAAAGCAGGCCAAACGAAGAAAUCUCACCGUGGCAUGUACCAAAUACCUCAACGCAAAUGGCCGCGAACAAUGGUGUGAUGACAUAUACUAUAUGCUCCACGCGUACAUUCAAUUACUCUGCACCAAAUACUACUUAAAUUUAAAACAUUAGGUGCAGGAGCCUCAAGGGACUCAGCACCCAGUCAUUGAUUGACCAUUCAAUAUUUUCGUUGCAUUUAUUCAGAUGAUUAAGAGUCAAACUCGUUCAAUAAUCAUAGGAUUUUUCAUUUAUUUUGUACAACGUCAAAUGUUUGAAUCAUUUCUAAAUAGAUAUUUAAGCUUGUUAAUGGACAUUUUAUGCGAAAAACACCUACCAUAUUCCUAUUAUAACCAAAUUAGUUCAAAAUAAAGUCUAAAGUAAUUUAACAACAUGUAAAAUAAGUACUUUACUGACGGAAAAUUUCCCAAAAUAAAUGAUAUCGACUGAACCAAGUAGAUUUAUACCAUAA